ACCAUCUUCACCGACAAAUAUCUCCCGGGCGAGCGAGCAGUGAAUCCCCCUUCGGACGAGCUUCAGCAGUGAACCCUUCUCUCAACCCUUUACUAUCUAUCGCAACCUUCGAAAUGGCCGAAGACAACAGCGCCGCAUGGCCCCAGGCUGACCAGGCCUUGUCGCAAGAGAUUCUCGACCUUGUUCAGCAGGCUACCCACUACAGGCAGCUGAAGAAGGGUGCCAACGAAGCUACCAAGACCCUCAACCGUGGUAUCAGUGAGCUGAUCAUCCUCGCUGCCGACACCUCCCCUCUCGCCAUCCUUCUGCACCUGCCUCUGCUUUGCGAGGACAAGAACGUGCCAUACGUCUACGUUCCUUCCAAGAUGGCUCUCGGCCGUGCUUGUGGCGUUGCCAGGCCCGUUAUCGCCGCCAGCAUCACGACAAACGAAGCCUCUGACUUGAUGGGCCAGAUCCGCACCCUCAAGGACAAGGUCGAGCGCCUCCAGAUCUAA